AAUGUAUCGGCAAUUGCUGCUCAUCAUUCUUUAUGUACCAUUUAGUUGUGAAGCAAUUAGAAAUGUGAAACUAAGUGGAGCAGGAGCAAGUUUUCCAGAAAAGGUUUACUUGACUUGGCAAGCUGCUUUUAGAGCUAAGAGAAGUGAAUAUGUCAAUUUAAAAAUGGAAUACGAAGCGGAAGGUAGCGGGCAUGGUAAAAAAAGAAUUAUGGGAUUAUUAGAUCCACCUGUUCAAUAUGCUGGUUCAGAUGCAGUAUUAACUAAAGAGGAAAGUCAAAGUUUUCCUGAUCUUAAAAUGUUUCCUACUAUGGCUGGUCCAAUCGUUCUUAUAUUUAACUUGCCAAAUUGGAAUCCUAAAGUAUCAUUAACCUUAUCAAGAGAAGAAAUUGUCGGCAUAUUUAAUGGAACAAUAAAAAAAUGGAAUGACCCUCUAAUAAUCAAACAUAACAAAAUUUCUUUGCCAUUUCGAGAUAUAAAAGUUGUUGUCAGAGAAGAUAAGUCUGGCACUACGGAAAUAUUAACCAAUGCACUAUCAUCUUUCGAUAGCAACUGGAAAGAAACAUAUGGAACUUUUAGCACUAAAACUGCUUGGAAACAGAGUACCAUAUAUAAAUAUGCGAAAAGAGUAUCUGGUAUUAGUGAUUUAGUUAAAGCAACCAACUACUCUAUAGGCUAUACAUCUUUAAAUAGCGCCUUAGCCAAUGGAUUACCCUAUGCUUCUAUCAUAAAUAAGGCAAAUAAAAUUAGUUACCCUACAGCCGAAGCUGUUCAAUCUAGCAUGGACGCAAGCUCAAAUUUUACUGAGCAGCUUACUUCUAAAAUUGUAGACGCUUCGGGUAGUGACUCUUAUCCAAUAAGUGCCUAUACUUAUAUAAUUGUUUAUAUGACACAGUUAAGAGAUUGCAAUCAGGCUAUUGAACUUGCUCGCUAUUUUAAUUGGUUUUUUACUGAAGAACAAGCUGACAGUGAAUGCUUAAAUUUUGAUAUGGUACCGUUAAGCAGAAAAAUAAAAACAAUUAUCAAGGAUAGAAUUAUAAAGAAGAUGGAAUGCAAUGGUAAAAACUUAUGGACACUUGUACAAAGCCAAAUAAAAGAUGAAGAAAUUGUAAACGAUGACUGGAAAUUGGUUAUUGGAAUAACAAUACCAAUAUUUUUAACGACUGUUGCUGUAUUUCUAUUUUAUUUUGGCUAUAAUAGAAUUAAAUUAAGAAAAUUAUUGAACAAGGAUGACUGGAAUAUCAAUUUUGAAGAUAUCAUAUUUUACGUUCCAGAUGAAAAUCAAAGAGUUAUUACUGGAAAAUUAUUAAAAUCUGAUAGUCUUAGUCUGAAUUCUGAAACUGUUGACCUGUCACACAAUUCAGGUAUCAGUAAGAAUCUAGUAGUAAAGCCAAUUACGUAUAAUUUUGUUUUGGAGAAGCCAUUAAAAGGAGCUCUUCUAAUUUAUUUAGGUUUACUGUAUUGGCCUGGAAAAUGGCAAGGAAAUGAUGUAGCUAUAAGGUUAAAUUCAUUACCGCCAAUUACUAAAUUUGACAAAGAUAUGAAAAAAUCUUUAAUAUGGAAGAAAGAUAAAGUUAUUAAUGAUAACAUUCUAAGAUUUUUUGGUUUAACAAUGAUGGAGGAUAAAUGGUAUCCAAUUAAUGAAAUUGGUUCGAAAGGAGCUUUGUAUGAUAUAUUACAGGAUAAAAAAUAUAAAAUAAACGAACCCCUUAAGUUCUCUCUUGCAAUUGAUUUGGCUAAAGGUAUGGCUUUUUUACAUAGUAAAUUAUUCAUUCAUGGCGCACUACGAUCUUCGUGCUGUAUAAUUGAUUCAAAAUGGACCGUUAAAGUGGCUGAUUGGGAAUAUAAUAGCUUUUACAAUCAUCACUUAAGAAUAUUAUCAAAAAAUACUAAAAACAGCCAAACUUUCCCGUUAAGUCAUUAUAUUUCUACACGAAAAGAGCAAUUGUUCGAAGGAGAUUACGCUAAAGCUUUGUUCGAUUUUAGCACCUCCCCUGAAGUAUUAAAAAAUCAAUCGUUUAAGCUGGAUUGGAGAUGUGACGUUUAUAGUUAUAGUAUGAUAGUACAAGAAAUUUGGUCAAGAGAUGAUCCUUUCGCCGAAAUUACUCAAACUAUAGAUGUACAAGACGUACUUUUAGGAAUAAAAAAUAAUUGUUUAAGGCCGAAAUUUCAUGAAAGUACACCACCGGAUGUUUGUCAAAUGAUGGAAAUUGCUUGGUCCGAUGAACCAGAACGUCGUCCAACUUUUGAUCAUAUUAUAAAAAUGCUUAAAAAAGCUAAUCCUUCAAAGAAGAAUAUUUUAGAUGCUGUUAUCGAAACUAUGGAAACAUAUACAAUGGAACUUGAAGAGAAGUGUACAACAAUUAGUAAAGAAUUAACAACCGCUAAUGAUAAUCUAACCACUCUCGUUGGAACUAUAUCCAUAUGUAAUUCAAAAGAUUAUUUACUCAAGUCAGAUGUUUCUUGUAUUAUCGAAAUUCUCGAUGAAAUUGAUAGAUUAACCGAUAAGCAUUUUAGAAAGAUGAAUGACUGUUCAAGAUUGUUAUUGACAACUGGAGAAUAUGGAAUUGUUUCUGGAAUUACUUGUUCCCAGAUUGUAAAACAGUGUUGUAUAGUUGCUUCAAUUCUCUUAGAUAUUAUUAAAGAUUUUGAAGUGUUUGCCAAAUCCAACAAGAUAAACGUAGAUUUAAUAGGCAAAGUACAUACGGCAAGAGGUCGGGGUUUAAUUAUUGGCCAUGGAAUACCUAGAUUGGAAAUAAUUGGUCCAGUUUGUGACGAAAUAUUAACGAUACCAAAUUUUUCUUUAAAAAAUAAAAUAAUAGUGACGGAAACUGUCCAACUAACAUUAAAAUCAACUGGAAAAUACGCAUUCGAAUAUCAAAAAGACUUCCAGAACGAAAAUCAUAAUAAACUAUAUAUUUUGAAUAAAAGUCCAAUCUAG